AUGACGACAUCGUCGCGGUCUCGGGCUCCAUUACCACCUGAUUCCAGCGGGUUCCCUCGUCUUUUUCAUCCCAUCUCCCUCUUCAUCUUCUUCUCUGGUGUCUUGGCUACAUAUUGCACUAUUAUUCUCCAAGAAUGGAAGCCUAUAGACUACAGUAACAUUGGUCAUGUCAAGUCAUCGGAUUUCUUGUCUUAUGGUCCCAUUGAUGUCGUUUACACGUGGGUAAAUGGUACUGAUCCACGGUGGAAGAAAGAGAAGGAGUUUUGGCAUAAACAUUGGAUUGCAUCAUUGACAGGACAGCCGUUACCCGUCUGGGGAGAACAAGAAACUCUUGAUAUUAAAGGGAAGGACGAUUCGAAUUCGGACAAUCGAUUUCGUGAUAAUGAAGAACUUCGAUACUCUCUUCGUUCAUUGGAAAAAUAUGCUCCUUGGGUGCGUCACAUUUAUGUCGUCACCGAUGGUCAAAUCCCCUCGUGGCUCGAUAUUGAGUCAUCGAAAAUUUCAAUUAUCAAGCACGAAGUCAUUUUUACCAACAAAAGUCAUUUACCGGUUUUUUCCUCUCCGGCCAUUGAGUGGAAUUUGGAUAAUAUCCCGGGACUGAGUGAGAUGUUUUUGUACUUGAAUGACGAUGUGUUUCUAGGCUCACCAGUACGACCUGAGGAUUUUCAUGUGAUUUUGAUAUGGGGGACUGUGGAUGUGACGUGA